UGUUUGUUAUGUUGUUAAGAUUUAUUAAUCUUAACAGAAACCUAUUGGUUGGUUUUGUCUGGGUCUGAACUGGAUUAGUUUUGAUUUGUCAUUAUUUAUCAUGAGAUUGUGAUCGUGUAGCCAAUAUGUUAUUGAAUUAAAAGAUGUUUCUAUGUAUGAGUUGCUAUUGUUGUCUGAUGGGCAUUGAAACAAGAGGGAUAUGUCAUCGGCAAACAUAACGACUUUGUGCUCAGUAGAUUUUGGAAGGUCAUUAAUGUAAAUGAGAAAUAGAAUGCAUCCUAUGACACUUCCUUGGGGGAUCGAGUUCUCGAUAGAUCGUAAAUUUUAUUUGAUGGAGUGCAAUGUUCCGGUUUGGUUCUCUAAAGUGUUCUUUUUCUACAUAUUGUUGUCGUGACGUGUGAGAGUCAGUGACGAAAUCGGUUUUUUUUAGAUAUCAAUAAAAUCUAAAUUAUAAGAGCUAUGCAUUUGAAACUUAUGUUUAAUAUGCUUACUAUUGACAUCAUAUCCCGAGACUUUUGUUUGUCUGGGAUAAUCCAAACCCAAGUUAUGAGGCUUCAAAAAAACGACGAAGCGCAUCGAGAAAAGGUAGGUAGUGCCCUUGUGUUUCGCUUGGCUCGUCUUUGCUGGGGCACUACCGUGCCCCCAGAUGUUGUUCGAAGCAAAAAGGAUUGACUUUAUGAUUUUGUAGUCAUUAACCAAAGAUAAUAUAAACAUCACUAUCAGUAUUUGACGUUUGAAGUUUAUAAUUAUUAUCCAAUCAUGUGAUUACUCUGAUUAUAUAUUUGUAUUGUUUUGUUCUAAUAAUCUGUAUGAUUGUAUUGUGAUUAUUUAUUUUUAAUUUUGUAUUUAUAGUGAUAAUGAGACCUGCAAGCGGACGACAAACGUGCGAUUGCUGCGAAAAUUUUGGAAAUGCGGAAUUCAAAAAAAUCACGGAAUUAAAAGACGCUGGUAUCGCUCUUUACCGAUAUUUGCCGCAAACGGAAGAUGAAGCACAAAUAGGCACUGAAACUGGAGAAGUUCUUAUUCUUCGGAAUACUCGAGAUGGUGACCUGAAAAUAGGCGAAUUAACUGCGGAAGCAGGGAAGAAAACAAUCAGCUGCCCGCGGUGUAUAAAAAUGAUUGAGCGUGCAAAAAGUUUGUUCAAGGAUCUUCCGCCCGCUAAAAUUCGAGAAGUUGCAGGCGUCUGCGACCACUGCUAUCAGAAAGAAUUAUUUGCCUGUCCCUGUUGCGACAAAGUCGUUAAUAAGUUUUUAAAGUUCUGUUUAGAAGAGGAACGUAAGACAGAAGAGUAUCGGCAACAAUAUAAGUCAUGGCUUUCUAAAACUCAUCUAUCGUUUAAAAAAUCUAUGUCAAAUAUAAAAGAUGGUAAGCUAGAAUCUCAAGCGCCUGUGUCCAGAUAUUUUUCCACUAUGAAGUCAGGUCAAGAACCUGCCCCUUUUGCAAUCUACGAUACACCUAGGCUCAAAAAUGAACAUGUACUAAUUCAUGAACAAAAGCCAGUUAUAGAAAAACCGACCAGAGUCCUUUCUUUUCUUGACUUUUCCGAAGAAGAAAAACAAAGAGUCGAAGUUGAAAGUGAACUUGAUAGAGAAAAGAAGAAACGUAUAAUCGAAGAAAAUGCAGCGAAGAUAUUAAGAUCAGUGUCGUUCGAAGGUUUUUUCAAAACGGAUUUGAAACCACUGAUUGAAAAAGAUAAACAAUAUAAACCAAUAAUGGAAGAACAUAUCAAAUCCCAACCAACAAUGGAACAAGAUAUCGAAACUACAACAGUGAUGCAAAAAAUUAUGAUGCCUAAAUCAGAAAUGGAAAAAGACAGCAAACUAACACCAUUGACUGAAAAAUAUGCCGAACCCAAAUCAACGAUGGAAAAGGAAGUCAAACUUAAGUCAAUAAUGAAGAAAGGGGGCGUUAAAAAAACACCCCAUGGUGGUUUUUCGGAAGAUGACACAACGCCCCAGGGAAAAAGGAAACGACAAGGUUCCCCUACGACAAGACCCUCUUUUGGAUCAAUCAUGAAGAGCUUGAGUGAACCAAAUGUUAGUGACUUUAGUUAUACUUUUCCUCGUGACAAAAUUGCAACGAAGAAGCAAUUGAAGGGUCAUGUUAGUUCCUCAGAACUAAUUAAAAGUACACAAGACAUGCUUGAUGAACGAAAAGAGACAGAAAGAAAGAAAAAGGAAGAAACGAGAAGAAAACGAGAAGAAGAAAAGAAACAAAGAACUGCAGAAAAGACAAGGCUAUUAGAAGAAGAAAGUAAAAAACGAGAGGAAGGGAGGCUAAUAGAGGAAGAAAGAAAAAAGCGAGAGGAAAGGAGGGACAUUAAAUCCGAGGAAAUAAUAGGGAAAGGAUCAGAGCAAUCGGCAAGAAGAAGAAAACAAGAUGGCAUUGAAGCAUUGGAUGCUCUAAAAGAAGGUCUUUCUAAACAAGAAAAGGAAUUGUCAGAGGCAGAAAAAAUAAGAAAACAACAAGAAAAAGAUACGGCUAUUGGAGAUAAAAAAGCCAGGGAAGCUGAAAAGGCAAUAGAAGAAACGCGGCAGCAACUAACAACAGAUAAGAAAAUACAACAUCCAGAAGUAAAACCUGAUGAUGAUGAAGAUACAGUAAGAAAAGGCGAUAAAGAGAAAAAAAAUGAUCAAGAACAAGAAAAAGUAAGGCAAAGAGAUGAAAAGCAACGUGAUGCCGACGCAACGUCAGCUUUAAAAGAACAAGUAGCUAAACAAGCAAAAGAUAAAUCAGAAGAAGAAAAACUAAGAAAGCAACAAGAGAAAGACGUAGCAUUAGGAGAAAAAAGAGCCCAAGAAGCCGGAAAAGCAUUAGAAGCCACACAAAAACAAUUAACUACAGAAAAGAAACAACCGAAACGACUAAGCGAAUUAAAGGUACCUGAUGAUAAAAAGGUAGGUGAUAAAGAUGACACAGGAAAAGAUGAAAAAAUUGAAAAAACUGCUAAAGACCAAAAAGCGAAAGGUGAUGACAUGGCAGCACUUUUGAGAGAACAGCUCGCAAAGCAAAAGCAACAGGAAUUAGAAAAAGAGAAAAUCCGAAAAGAACAAGAAAAAGAAAAAGAGCUCCUUGCUAAAAAACUCAAAGAAUUAGAAAGUAAGAAAGAAGCGAAAGAGGCUGCGGUAAAAGCACCUGUUCUUGAAUCUGAACAUGAAGAUUCGGUUGAUGAAAUAAUUACUGACUUUGAGAUACCAAAGCAAGAUGAAGAAACUGAUAUUAUUUUAGGCCAGAAAAUAUAUAAGGUUAAAUGUGCUAAGAAAACCGAAGAUAAAACACAGAUCUUAGGAUCAAAACAACCUGGGAAACCGGGGCAACAUUCAGAGCAAAUAACAGGUAAACAGGAACCUGAAUUGCAUAAACAAUCUGAAGUAUCACCUGAACCACAACAAGGAUUUACUCAGCACAGACCUGAGCAACCAACGCUCACACAAUCCCAACAGAAGUCAUCGAUAACUGGCGAUAAGAAGUCGAAGGCCUCCGACACCGAAGCUGCUAAGGGUAUAAUAAGGUAUACUUUAUCCGAUCGAACGUUUAUCGAAAAAGGCUGGACGAUGCUGCCUACAGAAAAAGUAGUUAGAAAGAUGAACGUUUAUCGUAUGAGGCCAGCCAAGCCUGAGUUCGACUGGUUUGAGCACAAUAAAAACAAAGGAGAGCUGACAUACGACUCCGGUGAAAAGUUAGCAGAGUUUGACGACAACGGGCGCGGUCGCUGGUACUACAGGACUGGUGAAUUAGCGCUGGAUUAUUACGACGCAGAAGAAACCAAUGCUGGCCAGAGAUUUGUUGUCUACAGCACCGGCCAACCCGAUGAGCGGGGCCGAUCCAGACCGAGGACUCUUCUAGCAACCUUCGACUACUCAGGGAACGGCAUCGUGUUUGACCACACUGGAAAAAUACGGUUAAAGUAUAACCAAACUGAAGGAGUAGUUCUCGAUCGAAACAUAGGCCCCGUGUCUCAUUGGAAGUGGCACACUCUGAACGACCCCCCAGUCUUGCAGCAAGUCAUGAUAGAUACUCAAAUGCCAUAUAAAGAUCCCACUAUCCUAGCAAUGGGCGACAAAAAUGCAGACGCUAAGCGACCAGACAAUGAGGAAAUGUUAGCUAUAGAGUUCGAGAACUUUCUCAAGGAGAAGCGUCAAAAGCUAACGCAAUCAUUCAAGCCAUUUCAAAUUAAAAUGAAAGCUAUGAAAAUUAAUGAAUAUUUCUCACUUCGCGUCUUAGACCAGGCAUCAAUAUAUUUGUUGUUUAGAGAUGGUACGACAAAUUUGAAGCUGAAUAUUGGUAUGGUGUUGGAUCAUAAGGAGAUCGUGGACACGGAUACGGCGGAGAUAGGUGAAGUGUCGAAUACAUUGGAUAAGUUGCCGGCUUGUACGGACAGUAUAGCAGGAUUGCAGAAGGCCGUGGCAAAGGCGCAAGCUCAAGAGCGAUUCCGUGUCCGCCACGAACUACGUUUGAAACCGCCCCAGCCGACCGCCAGCGCAGACGCGCUGCGCACCGGCUGCUCGCGUCCAUUGCGCACACCCGUCGUGCAAGCAUCUAUAUCGUCAUGUGACAAAAUGACCCCUAAACGCUUUAAGCCGUCGUCGAGUUGCAAUUUGUAUUACAGUACACAACUUUUUUAAUUUAUGAAUGUUGAUGUUUUUUAUUUAAUUUAAUUGUAUUUAAACUAACUAUAUACAUACA